AUAUGUAACACAAAAGGAUAAUCCAGGAAUCAUCAUCACACCAUAUCACAAUAAAACACAGACAGCAACAUGGGAGAGUGUUCCAGUGUGUACAGCUGAUCUGGGACCGCUGCAAUCUUCGAUCGCACCUCCAGCUGAUCCACUGUCCACAUCGGAUGGGAGCUCCACCCAUGUGGUGAUGUCAUCGCUGGAUGGAGCAGCUGCAGAGCUCUGGAGAGUCAGAGGGAGGGUCAGACCUGCAGACCGAGCAGCUGAAACAUGGCAGACUCUUCAUUGUCCUCCAACAACUCCUCCUCCUCGCUGAGAGACCUCACGCACACAGCAGCCUCACAGCUCGUGCACUGGAGAGAACCGAAGAAAUCUGCAGCGGCGUUCGGCCUCUCACUGCUGGUUCUUCUCUCCUUGGCAACACUGUCAGUCAUCAGCGUGGUGUCCUAUUUGCUCCUGGCAUGCCUCUGUGUCACAAUCACCUUCAGGGUUUAUAAAUCAGUGAUCCAGGCCGUCCAGAAGUCCGAUGAAGGUCAUCCAUUCAGGUCUCUGUUGGAGAGGGACAUUUCCGUGUCCUCAGAGUCAGUUCGGCAGCUCGCUGACCAGUUUCUGAUCCACUUGAACUGGUUCAGUAAUCAAACAAGGAGGCUGUUACUGGUGGAAGACCUGGUCGACUCCCUGAAGCUGGCAGCCGUCACCUGGGUGAUGACGUACGUUGGUGCCGUGUUCAAUGGCGUCACCAUCUUGAUCCUUGCUGACAUCAUUUUCUUCACUACACCGUUGAUCUACCAGAAGAAGAAGGCUCAGAUCGAUCGUCACGUUGAGGCUGUUCGGCUCAAACUGGAGGAAACUCUGCAGAGGUGUCCAUGGUCCACAGGUAACUGCCGUCUGUCUCACCUGUCCACAUGCUGACCUCAGAUCUAAACUCAGUGUCUGUCUUAAUUGAACCAGUCUGCAGGAUAAGUUACCUGGCACUGUGAAGAAGACCAAGGUUGAGUGACACCUGAGAUGUUGAAGCUCUGCCCCCUCCUCUCAUUGGCCUGUUUGUCUGUGACUCACAAGUCUUUGAAUAAAAUCAGACUGACGAGAAACAA